CUGAGAAGUAGAGAUGAGGUUGGGCCAGGUUGUCCAGUCGUCAUGCCUGACUCCCUGUGAUGUCUGUCCCGGGACAGUUUCCCCUGCAGUCCGGACCUGUAUCGGCUGUGAGCUCUCCUACUGCAAGGACUGCUUAGAAAGAACACAUGGAAACGACGGACUAGGCCAUUGCCUGGUGAAGCCAGAGGAGAAUGUGGACUCUGAGAUGCCGCGGUGCAGGCAGCACGGUCAGCUGGUGGAACUGUUCUGUCAGACGGACGGCGUCCCCGUCUGUCUGGAGUGUUUACAAACAGGCAGGCACAAAGGUCACAACGCCACCUCCAUGGAAGACUGGGCCAAUAGGGAACAGGAGCGCCACGAGGCCAGGGCACAUCGCAAAAGAGCACGCCAAGAAUCUGGUGGUAUCGCAGCUGCGGAGGACACCGUAGAGAAAAUCAACGACAUCGAAAGCCUUCACAAAGUCGUAAAACAUCCUCCGAAUGAGCAACCAAGGGGCAGUGUCCAUCAGCCAUUAACAGGCCAAGGUCAAGAAACGGUAGUUUAUGAUGAUAACUACAGUCAAGACGCAAGCAGACGUAACGACAUCGCGGCUACAGGAAUAGGAACGGAUGUAGAUUUUCUAUCAAGGGAAGGUUCGAACCGACCUGUUGGAUUGAAGUAUGCAAUCAGGGGAGACGCAUCAGUACCCCAUCCAAGCACCAUAAGGGAGGCAGUCAGGCCGGUCGUAAGAAGCGUUAAAGAUGUCGUAACUACGCCUGAAAUUGCUUCACAACAUCCUCCGAGGGAGCGCCAGCCGCCUGUAAGGGGUUGUUUGAGCACAGGUCAAAUACGGACACAGGGCAGAAUCGGCGGCAAUGAUGUUCUUAGGCCAUCGAUGCAUAGCGGAUUCAACGAUAGAGAAGAGGAUCAUUUCUAUAAGCCCCAACAGCAGAGGAUAGACAAAGAUUCCAUCGGCGUUUCAACCCACACAGGCGGGCCUUACUACAUAAGUUGCAGGGAAGAGGUGGUAGGACCUGUUGUCUUCAACAACGUUGAACCAACUCCAUUUGGAGAGACGGUGGUUGCCGAGUCUCCCCAUCAGCAACAAAGUGGAGAAAAGCAACCAACCAGAAGGGGAUAUCAGAACGCAGAUAAAAGAGUAACUAGUGGGGACAGUCACCACAGAGACCAAGCGAUCGCGAGCUCACUCUUGGAUAACAACAUCAACAGUUCAAAGAACGUCAACGCGGGAGAGGAGAAUUCACAGAAACAUCCGAGGAAUGAAGAGCAGCGAUUUGUGACGAGAUACCAGGGAACUGGGCAGAGUUUAGCUGGAAAGGAAGCAAACCUUUCUUCUGAGAGGACGCAGAAGACAUUGGAGAGAGACGGAGACCAUUCAGGCCAAACACCUGGAAAUCUGUACUUGAUCGAGAGUCCAAAAUUACCGACAAAAGACGACUUAGCUACCAUUAUCGCAACUACACGAAGACGACAGCAACAGGACUACAGAGUCAGAAGCCGCGAACAAGCCAACAAGAAUGUUCAACAAGCCGUGCAGGACAUGUUUACAAAGUACAUGGUGACAGGACACGGUUUAGCUACCAUGGAACAGCAACAACCUGCUCCGGUUAACAAUACCGACACAAACAGCAAGGGAUCCCCGGCUAUAUUUCGUCCGGCCCUUAAGUUUCUCGGCAUGUCUACUGAGACAAAGGCGACCAGGAUCGCACAUGCCAUGGAAAUUGCGACUAAACCUGCUUCAGAGCAGGGGAUACAGUCCCAAAGCACAAGCAAACUUGGAGCCCAGUCUGGGCCCGUUGAGACAGCGAGGAAAGAGCCGUCAGCUCGACCCACACCAAAGCCGCGAGGGACCACCGGUACCGCGGUCAGUCAGAAGUACGUACUGACAGUCACGGUACCUGACGAGGACAGGGAGACACCACAGUCACAAAACAACGGCAGUUUUGAGAACGCUAGGUCUGAGACAGAAGGGUUGAAGCCAGUUGGAACAGAAGCACCAUCGGCAGUGGGUCAAUACCCUUCAACACCGCCAGGGGCAAAUUAUGCAGGAGUUGCGUCAGGUCAACAGAACAGGCAGGACGACUCAGGCGAACACCUGCGGGCAAACACGCACUCCACGGGCUUCACACAACGGCCGGCCGAGCAGUUGGAUGAUCCCGUCAACAUGGGGAAAGUACAGGAGAAACCUAACGCGAUGGGUCAGGGGAUGAGAGCAGGGACUUUCAAAGCUCGGUCGCUUCUCCGGCUGUCGGGCAGACGAAGCAAAUCCAGUUCCAGAGAUGUCCCCAGUCAUCCUAAGAGUGUGAACAUGGCAAUGUCAAUACAAGAUGCCCCGCCAACAAAGGCAAAGAGACAGGAUCCCAGAAAUGGAGGAAUGAUGCCGGCAGACAGACGACAAACUGCGAAAACAAACUCAGGGGAAGACUCUUCUCUGGCCGUUAGGGUAGCCAGAGUGCUGCCCCAACGACGAGAAACAAGUGACGGUUCCCAACUCGAUAAUACAGCCCAAUCCAGUCCCCUCAAGAUCAUCCCCACACUGUGCGGUGUUGGCCACACAUGGAUCACUCUAAGAUGGACAGUGUCUGAAGCCGAGAACUAUAAAGCUUAUCAAGUUCAGUACCAGAAGCAUGGAGGUCCUAUGAUAGUGACACCCUUCCGGUAUGGUAAUACCAAGGAAACAGUUGAGAAUUUAUCCCCUGGAACCACCUACACAAUGCAGGUCCGUGCGUUGGACAUUGAAGGACUGGUCCACUGUAGCAACAUAGUGGAAAUGAAGACAUCAAGUCGACGUUUGGCUGUGCCUGCUCAAGCUGAAACAGCCGCAAAGCUCCGCCAAGCGGUCCAAGAAGCGCGGGAGAACAGAGGACAAGAAGCAAAAUCAAAAAAGCCCUCUAGGUGGGGGCUGAGUCACCUGACUGCCAGUUUCAGAAGGAAGAAGAAGAAGUCAGCAACCAGCGAGUCAGACACAGAGAGUAAAGCGUCGUACACUGACUCCCCGAUGGGCGGCAGACGCGUCUCGGAUGUACGGAGAUCCUCCAUCGAUUCGCAGGAGUCAGAAAUCUCCACGGUGUCCACCAUCAGCAGAACUUCGCGGAAGUCCCAGAAGAGGGUCCACUUCAAAGAGGAGGACAUCGCGAAGGCGUAUGAGAUCCGCGAAAUGCAGGCACUCUACCCGGAACUCAGCAAUGUGGAAAACGUCAUUGGCGACGACCUUGCUUUACCAGAGCGCACCAAACAAGUAGAUCAAAGAGACCAUCGCAGAAACGAAGAAAAAGAGGGUACGGACGAGAGUAAACUACAACAACAGGCUGAUGUCGACAGACGACAGCGGGUGUCAUCUCCAGUCUUCAUGGCCCUCAUGGACCAGGGGGAGGAGUCAGAAGCGGAGACCUUCAAGAAGGUCGCCGAUAACGUCAGGGGCACGAUCGGAAUGGCCGUCAGAAAGGUGUCAGUUGAAGUGCAAACGAAUGAGGGAGGCGUGUUUCGACCUGCCGUUCAGACUUCCACCGCAAGGGGGAGUGGUGGAGAUAGUGUGCUGAAGCCGUCAGACAGGUCGACGGAAUGGGAAACUAACGUGCCACAAGACACAAAGGGUGAAGGAUUCCGACAUGUCAAACGUGAAAGGACGUGGCAAGAGAUCAUUGAAGAAGACUACGACCCCAAGGAAGGCUGGAAGAACGUUCAGGUCGGUGACAAGAUGCGCUUCAUAGACCUGGAGGCUAUCAAACCAUACAGGAAAGUUCUCACACAUGCAGGUUACUAUGGGGACAAGUCCAACGCCAUCGUGGUGUUCUCGUCAUGCUACAUGCCCAACAACAGUCUGAAAGACUACGAGUACAUCAUGGAAAACCUAUUUCUAUACAUCCUGAGUUUCCUGGACAAGGUUGUUGACGAGGAGUAUAAAAUCGUCUUCCUGAACUACACCAAAGAGAGGAGUAACCUUCCCUCGGUAACCUGGCUGAAGUCAUGCUAUGACCACAUCGAUGCAAAGUUUAAGAAGAAAUUAAAGGGUCUGUUCAUCGUCCAUCCGACCAUAUGGCUGAAGAUGCUGGUUCACGUCACCAAGCCGUUUGUCAGUUCGAAGUUCUCCAAGAAGCUGCAGUUCGUGGACAACUUUAAGGACCUCCAGAAGCAGCUUCCUGUAGAUCCCGAGGCCAUUCCUGAAGACGUCAAGAAGUUUGAAGAAGAGUUGGUGGGAAGUAGUAGCGCUAACAAAGGAGGAACCUUCGCCGCCCUGAAGGCCGCCCUGGGCAGAGAAGUCCAGACAGGCAGCGUACCGGAAAACGCGUUCUGUGCACCAUAUAACAAAGGACUUUCUUCUAACAUGUGGGAGGGUUUUCCUACACUUCGGUUGUAACAUGUUUUAAUCUUCUACUCCAAUGCAACUGUGUUGUGAAGCGUAGCAGAUAGGCUGUAGCUGUCCAUAACAUGCACAACAAAUUAUACCUCACCUUGGCUAGUUCAUGAUAUGCUUUAGACUAGUCCAAUCGUUACAGU